AAACUGGAACUUUAAACUGCAAAGUGAAAGUUAGAUUCCGAAACUGGGAACAAAGAGCAUACUGGUGGCCUGUUUUACAUCCAAUAUGAUCAUUUAAGGGGGAAACGUGAACCCAGCACCUAAAUUUUAUGCCUAAUUCAAUGGUUUGAUUGAUAUUUUUAAACAAUAGGGUAAUCUGGAGCAAAGAGGAGCUUUUCUUUUUCUUGCCAGUUGAUGUUGAAAUUCAGCUCCAGCCCUGCCAAGAAAUGCGUUGGCCAAAUAGUUCGGACCGCCCUUGAACGCAUCACUUCUCCAGCCCUGCCUCUCUGGAGUUUCCAACUUCUCGACACAAAAGUCACACAGUGUAACUUUGGAAAUUGCUUAAUCACCGUAAUUUCUGCUUCACCUAUAUAAACUCCGUUAAGACGGUAUGCUUUCACUUUAAAGAUGCGGCUGCCUGGCGGGUGCUCCCCAAAGUGCGUCAUUACUAUAUUCAGUCGUCGGGUCUUGAGAUCUUAUGUCCCCGUUCAGGGUCGGUGGAGGUGCAAUGUCGCGGCGUUCAUGCCGGAGGCUGCGGGCUUUGACGGCGUUUCAACCCGCACAGCCCUGCAAGACUAUUCGGUCUCUAACAGUGAGAGCUUCUGGGCCGCCGUGGCACGACAGAGACUGAGCUGGAUCAAACCUUUCACCACGGUGCAGGACUGUGACCUGAGCCAAGGGAGGAUCAAGUGGUUUGAGGGAGGGAAGCUGAAUGUGUCUGGUAAGAUAACAUAGGAGGGAGCGGGUCUGAGAAGAGAUAUAUUUGGUCGUUAAAAAGAGAGAUUAUAUAAAGUUUUAAUCCAGAGGAGGUAGACUUUCAUUCUCCCUCCCCCUAACUUUUGUCAAGCUGUCAUUUGAGGAACUUGUUGUAUAUGUAAACACGUACAUAGACAGCUGAGGGUGAGACAUCUUUUCAGCUGAUCAAUGUCAGCCUCGUUUUGAAGAUGACCCUGAACACACCAUGCAUGAGAAACAGUUCACUGAACAAAGCUGGGAAAUGUUGGUGUUUCAGUAACUGGUUAUCAAAUUACAAAAAUGUGACAUCAAAUAAAUACUUAGUAAAUGAAAACAGAGCACAAAAAUAAAGAAGUCAAGAGUUUUAUUUUUUAAAACUGUAUUAAAAUUAUGUAAGAAAAUGUGACAAAUCUACUAUAUUUGUGUGGCAGAGACAAAGAGAGAGGCCUAUGCAGAUAUAGUGUGUAGAGGAAUGUAGUGUUAGACUUUGAAUAAAUUUUGUCCUUUUUGAUGCUGUUCUUGGUUUGGAUCUUAGUAGUAUUGGCCAAUACCAAGGUGUCCCAUAGAUAACAGUGUGAUCUUUGAAAUGUCACAUUGUUCAUGGAGAUUCACCUGUCGCUGUUCUUUUUUUGGUUUUGAGCCCAUGCUUGCAAAUAAAUGAUCAGAAUGUGUUGACUAGAUUUAAUUACUGGUGCCCAACCUCACUUUUUUUAUACUGUGUUAGAUGGUAAAACUGGUCUCUAAAUGGUUUUAGUCCAGAGUACAUGAAUGAUAUAAACCCAGAAGAGCUCAGAGAUCUACUGACUCAGGUCAGAUAAUGGAGUGCAGAGUUCAAACCAGACACGGUGAAGCAGCAUUUAGCUGUUAUGCUGCACACGACUGGAACAAACUUCCAGCAGAACUAAAAUCUGCCCUAACUGUAAACACUUUUGAAUCCAGGUUAAAAGCAUUUCUCUUUUCAUGUGCUUUUAGCUGAGCUCUUUUUAAUAAUUUUAAACUUUAUCUAUUGCUCUUGCUUUCAACUGUGUUUUUUGUUUUUAUGUUGUUCUUUUUUUAAAAAUGUUUUGUUUUUAUGUAAAGCACAUUAAGUUGCCUUGGUAUGUAAUGGGCUAUAUGAAUAAAGAUGCCUUGCCUUGCCUUGGUACAGGCACAGAGUCUAACUUUCUGUAUGUUUUCUGUAUGGGGACAUUAAGUGAACUGCCUGGACCGUCAUGUGCACACCUGUCCAGAGAGGGUGGCUUUGAUCUGGGAGAGAGAUGAACCAGGGUCAGAGGUCAAGAUCACCUACAGGUCAGUGGGAUUGGAUUAUGUAUAUGUCUGUCUAUCCUCCUUUGUCAUACUAAGUAUGUCUCUGAUAUCUUUUCACAGUCACUUACUGGAGAUGACAUGUCGCCUGGGGAACAUGUUAAGGCGGUAUGGUGUGCAGAAGGGAGACUGUGUCACCAUCUACAUGCCUCCUUGCCCGCUGGCUGUGGCGUCCAUGUUGGCCUGUGCCCGUAUAGGUGCAGCUCACAAUGUUGUGUUUGCAGGGUUCAGUGCAGAGGCCCUCGCAGAGCGGAUCAGAGAUGGUGAGACAGAACAUGAGUCUUAAAAACUACUCCAUACUUCACAUUAAUAUCUUUACCAGAAAGGAAUCAAAUCACUAUCUGUGAUAUGUGUAGAGUCGGCUGGUAGUAUUAUAAGUAAUCACAUUUCAGUGUUUCCCUCAAGUGGUUAUAUUAUCUAUUAGUAUCUAUUGCUUAAUAAUAGUGAAAGGUUUGAUUGGAAACAGCACAAUGAAAGAGAGGAGGAAGUUUGAAUUGAAAACUGUGAUAUAGCUGUCAACAUAAAGAAGUGCAUGGUUGGUUCUUUUUUAUUUGUUGAACUCUGUAGUUGACCCCUUUUUAAAUGUUUGUGUUAUUAGUGUUAAUAGCACAGAAAUUUUGACUAGAGCAGCUGGAAGCCCACUGAGCAAUAGGCGGCUAUCAGACGUCUAGUUUCUUUUAGACCUAAUUUCAACUGUCUAGGUUUUGUAAAUGGAAUUUAGAUGUUGCACUUUAACCCAUUAUUCAAUAACUAUUUAUUUAAAAAAGCAACUGCAAGUGGCAUAACUGAUCUCCAAGCACUUAUCCAAAAUAGUUAUGAUAGCCGUUGAGCAAUAUACAGUGUAGUAUAGAUAUAGCCCAGAUUUAGAUUUAGUCUAAACUUGCUCUAAAUUUAGACAUCUAAAAAACUUUCAUUUUUAGACCUGUGGUAGCCUGAUUUUAGACCAGUCAUCUAGGCUACAUUUAGACGUCUAUUAGACCUCUUUUAGACCAAAAAAUGUUCAGUGGGAGCAGAGUUGUGUCCAAACUCUUGACAUUAAGUGGCCCAAUUGAGUUGAGUUUUCUUUGAAAUAUUGACUGUAAAAGUAUGAUAUCCAAUAUUUAAAUAUUGUUUUACUUCAUUACUUCUUAAUUAGUUUCUAAUUCAUGAGGUUCAAUCUCUUAUAUAUAUUUUAUUAACUGUCUCGAUGAGGAUUACAUUUUAUCGUGCUAUUUGUAAUUUGUAGGUUUUUGGCCUCAAACGUGAGUGGCAAAACUUUCAGUAACAAAAACUGACUCACACAGUCUUAAUUAUUGUAAAUGUCACAUUUUCAGCAAAGUCAAGCACCGUCAUCACUGUGAACCAGGGUGUCAGAGGGGGGAAGAUCAUCAAGCUGAAGAAGACAGUGGAUAAGGCUGUAGAGAACUGCCCAUCAGUGCAACAGGUGUUUGUUGCUGCGAGAACGGACAAUCCCGUUACCAUGACACCCAAAGAUUUUGCCUUGGAGGAGGUGAGUCAAACCAGCCAAUUACAGCUUGACGAAUUUUGAUACUAACAAUGGAAGACAGUAUCUGCACAGUUAUAGUGCACAGUACCCAUCCAUGCUACUCAGUAAAAAAUAGACAAAGAAGAAACUAUUUGAUUACUCUCUCGUGAUUCUGUUGCUAUUCUGGUGUUAUUGCUUGUGAUUUUUAACAAAGAGUUCUGGAAACUCUCUGUGUUGUGCAGGAGAUGAUGAAGGAAGACGUGGUUUGUGAGCCAGCUGUCAUGGACAGUGAGGAUGUCUUGUUCUUACUCUAUACAUCAGGCAGCACAGGGAAGCCUAAAGGCCUCGUCCACACUCAGGCUGGAUACUUGCUGUAUGCUGCACUCACACACCGGGUAAACAUUAGCACCAAUCCUAAAGGCUGUUGACUUGAACCCUCACAUACCAUUCAAAUCCUGUACCCUCCCAGUAUAUUUCCGGGUCAAAAUUGCCCCUUCAAAGAGUUCAAAGAGCAGCUUUCUGUCACAGACUAGACUAGUUAGGUCAUUUUGACCUCUGUCUAGGUGUGUCUGUGUGCGUGCGUGUGUGUGUGCGUGCGUGUGUGUGUGUGUGUUUCUGUCAAGGUAAUGAUAGUUUCAUAAUGAUUUGAAUCUUUUUGAACAACAAACCUUAUAUUGAACACUGUUGUUACUGUUUGUCACUUGUCCCACACUGCUAGAUCUAAAAUCCAUCUAAAUAUAGAUACGGGUCAAAUUUGACCCGUAACAGCCUUAGAGGGGAAAAAUUUGUAGCACAUAAACAAAAAUACACAUGAAUAUUUUUUAAUUAAUUUCAUGUAUUUUGGGCAACUUCAGGAUAAGUCAUCAAGUUUCAGACUUAAAGAAUGACGUUUAGGGUAUUUUUACUGCUGUUAAAAGUCAAAACGGGUCAAAUUUGACCCGAACAGUAUGUGAGGGUUAAGUGAAAAAAAUACGUACAUCUUUUUAUCUGAGAAAUUGUUGGACAAGACGUCUUAAGUACCAACUGUCAAAGUAAUCCCUUUCUCUUGUAACCAGUAUGUCUUCAACUACCAUGAUGGCGAUGUGUUCGGCUGUGUGGCAGAUAUCGGGUGGAUAACAGGUCACAGUUACAGCGUCUACGGGCCACUGGCCAAUGGGGCAACAACCGUCCUGUUUGAGAGCACUCCAAUUUACCCCAACCCAGGUAUCAAUAUUAGCAAACUUAUGAUGGACUCACAACUCUAUUUCUUAGUUCAUUGUUAUUACAUAAAAAACAUGCAAUGUCCCUUUAGUUCUACAGUGAAACCGAAAACCCUCAAAUCUAAGUGUGUAGUUUAUUAUUUUUCCAAUUAGACUUUGUGUUGUGGUCUUUUGUGUAAUUAAAUGUGUUGGCAUGAGUACAUUGGGAGUAUUUCUGUCCUUCUGCCAAGAACUCUGGCCUCUUUCUAUGAAUAAGCAAUCAUAGUUGAACUUGACCUGGGUCAAUCUGUGAAGGACAAACAAUGACUCGGGUCAAAAUGUCGGUGAGUUUAGUCUUCAGCUUUCAGCCAGCGGCUUCAGUUCCAGCUCUGAUUUCCCAUUCUCUAAGUGGAAUUUUUAGAAUGACUGUAAGUGAUAAUUAACUGAUCUGGUUAUGUCUUUGUUGCUCACAGGACGAUACUGGGAAGUGGUUCAGAGACUGAAGAUAAACCAGUUUUAUGGGGCCCCCACAGCAAUCCGCCUGUUGCUCAAGUACGGAGACGAGUGGGUGCAAAAAUACGACCGCUCCACCCUAAAAACUCUUGGCUCUGGUAUGUCAAAUAUAGCAGAACAAAUACCUCUCACUUUAGUCACAACCGAACACAACUAUCUAAUGAUAGGUUCAUCCACACAGCUUUUAAAACACAAUUGGUAGCUGACAGGAGGUAUCUUUUCCUGCUCUUUCAUAGCUGUUUUGAGAGGGUGAGGACAGAUAUGCAAAAUAUCAUGAUUGUUGGAAACAGGAAAAAGAUGGUGAUGACGGUGGAAUUUUAUUUUUUGGGGGGUGAUUUUAAAACAUAAAAGGAAUAUUUAUCUCGAUGGCAUCCACAAAGUAUAUCCUAGUUAACCUGUAUGCAAGUAGCUGCUACAUUAACUACAAGGGGUACACAUUCACACACUGUGUGAAUGUGAAAGUGCUGGCACGUUAUGCACGCUGUUAGUGUACCAAAAGUCAAGCCCAGCUGGAGUUUAAACGUCCCUGGGGGAUCAGCAUGGUCAACAACAAAGUCAAGCACUCCAGGAAUCGCAUACACACACACUCACACAUGCACACACCUGUUCCCAUGAGGCAAUGUGUAUGAGCUAAAACACAAAGCUUGACAUAAAAGAAGCAUUAUUCUCCUCUUUUUAUCAGGUUUACUUUUAUCCUGUAUAAAGAAAUAUAAACACAAUAAUAAUAAUAUGGAAGUUUAUUCUAUGUUUUGAGAUUUUUUUUUGUGUGUGUGCAGUGGGUGAGCCCAUUAACACUGAAGCGUGGGAGUGGUAUCACAGAGUGGUUGGGGAUAGACGUAUCCCUGUGGUUGACACCUGGUGGCAAACUGGUAACUAUGAACACACGACACAGCUAAAGCUAGUAGCCAUGCUCGCUAAUCUGUCAGGCUCUACUUCAGAUAAAAUGCCAUCACAGCAUGUUAACACUUGUGUCCUGCUUCAGCAUAUCAUAGUGAUAGCAUUUGCUAAUAAGCACCAAAUAUGUUGGUUUUGUUGUAAUGUUUUCAUACACAAAUGAUGAGACAUAAAAAAGCAGGUGAUGUUGCUGCAAGUAGGGGCGUAACAAGGAAUCUGGAGCCCCUUUUCGCAUUUUUCUGACGCUACAGGACAUAUCAUGAGAGAAACAAGUGCGAAGUUGCAUUUCUGAGUAUUUCUGCAUUCAAAUUGCUGUGAAGCUCUGACAGACCCAAAUGGCAGGUUCAGAUUCAGUGAGAUUACAUACGUCACAACUGCAAGCGUGACCCCACUAUGCAGGCCAGACUCAGAAAAGUAGAGAGGACGAUCGUGGAACAAACAUGUGCGUUAGUGGAUUGUAAUGCAGUCUUGUAAGAAUUAGCUUGUAAGAAAGCUGAUUAUGAUAUUAACUUUCAUCAUGUCCCUAAAGACAUGAGUGUCUGAGAGCUGAAUAGCUCCUAUGUUACCCGUUACUUCCGCUACACUGACAAUGUUAGACUACAAGCUAGUGUGAAGAGAGUGUGCAGAGCAGCGCUGUCUCUGCCUACGACUCAGAGGUGAAUUGCUAAUGAGCUACUGGAGCUCUGCAGAAGAAAAGCUUUGAAAAGGAUACAGGAAUCGCGAUUUUGGCUUAAAACUUCAUAAUCACGAUUUAAAGACCACUGAGAACACUUUAAGUAGUUAAAAAAACAAUCAGAGUGGGACUUUAAAUACUAACAGUAAAUGAUUCAUUUAACCAAUUAAAGCCAGCAGGUUGAGAUUAGUUUUUUAUUUAUCAGAAGAUACUAGUUAUUCAUGUAAAGGACAAAAUAGGCUAAGACUGCUUUAUCCCCUGGAGGCACCAUAUUGACUUAAAGUGAAAGUUCUUGACAGUAGCUUUAAAUCUUUAAAGAUAGUUGUGGUCCGGCUGGAAAUCCAAACAGUUCACAGUUCAGCAGGUUUUUUACCAGUUAAUUAAUUGUUAAUUAAUGCACAUAAAUUAAACCACUGAUAUUUUCAUUGAUCUAUUUUUGGUCAUUUUAGAAAACUAAAUACUGGCACAAAAAAUCUAAGAAAACAAAGGCAGCACAACAUUUCUACAGGAAAACCUCUGUCACUGUAGACUGUCAACAAAUGGUGACGUAAAGUAGGUGAAAGGUCAUGUUGACUGUUUCAGGCUGAACUGUUGGAGCAGACAUCAUGAGCAUCUUUUUCAGACUGUAUUUCACCUUGUGGUUGUUUGGCUGUCACAAAGCCAUCUCUUGACUACCAUAUUGUUUAGUCUGGAUUGCAUAGGAGUCUAACAUGUCUGAGCAGCUUUGUGUUACUUUCUUGUUAUGUUACUCCGGUGUCUUCCAUGAGAAAAGUCCUACUGUAACAUUUCACAGCAGUAAGCACAAUAACAACCUUUCCGCAAAGCUCAUCUUCCAGCAAGGCCACGUCAGCAGGUCCUACAGAGCAGACUGCUCUAUAUCCUUUCUUCCAAUGAUAACAGUGUUAUAUAACAACUUGUUCGUGCAUACACACAGACAGUACUACAGUAGCCUGCUAGGGUGUGUAAUUGUAGCGUUCACGUGCACAGUAUCACACACAUGCAUUAAACAUGGAGGUGUUUCUAUCCCCUCUGGACUCCUCAGUAAAACCAGAUGUGGUUGAGCAAGCGGCACAGGAAACUGUAAGCAUGAACUAAAACCGCCGGCAGCCUUUUACCGUUGAAGUUAAAGCCUAUCAGCAGUCAGUAUACGGUAUGCAACAUCAGAAAAGUCAGUGUGGCAAGUUUUAUCCCUACUUCCUGUUUUUGUGACAAAACACAGUACGAUUAGUCUAUCACUGAGAUAAGUCCCUGUCCUGAUGUGACCUCCUCUCAAACAAACAACAGAAGACAAUGAGGAUCCUGUCUUCUCUCUGUCUCCAUAUUGAGUACUUUAAAAAGUGAAUAAUAUGAUUUCUACAACUAAACAUGAGGUCUGUGCGACAUCCUCUGCCCUCUCUGAUAAUAGCUGUGGGGGAAAACAGAGUAAAAUGAAAACUUAAUGUCAAUACAAAUCAGUUAGAAAACAAUUACAGUAAUCUAACUCUGCGUGACAUCAGAAACUUCAAAUAAAACAGCCCGUCAGUGGUCUAUAACAGCCAACAUCACUGCAAAAUAACGAUUAUUACAGUACUAACACAGCUGAUGAUGAAUCUUAAUGUGAACAGGGGACCCAUAAUGUGUUUUCAUCCUCUUUGCUUCAUAAUUAGAUUGAGUAAUGACCAACUGGAGCAAAGCUGUGUUAAUUAACAUAGAAAUAAUAACAAUUAGACAUCAGAGCAUCAUGAGCCUAAGAAUUACAGACACAGAUAUGACCCAAAUACCCUACUUCACCCAAAAGGAUUAUAUCAUUAUGUUAUUUCCCUGGACCAGGGUUUUUAAUUAGGAAUAAGUGGCAUUAUUCAUACAUGCCAUUUGGUGGAUCUGGAGUAGAGUAGCCUGUUCAGGGAGAAAAUGAGAUUUUGAUCUGCUGUUGGCAUACGGCCUUCAUGUUGGAUCAUAAAGGACUAUAGAGGUAGAGGAUGGACAGGAGGGAAAAACUUCAAUAUGAUUUAACAUUGUGGGUUUUAAAUGUUUAUUCUCAUGCUUUUGUUUACAGACACUUCUUAUAAAGCGUCAUAAGCACAUUUAUAAAGCCUCAUAAACGUGUCUAUAGUGCACAAUAAUAAUACUUAUACGUGAUGAUGAGCAUUUAUUACAGUUUAUAGAAAUGCUAAUGACGUGUUUUCAGUGUUGAGCAUAAUACCUUAUAAGGGUGUGGUUAAUGAUACAUUAUUUUCAUUGAUUUAUUGAAAUAUAUUUAAGCAGCAGAAAACUUAAUUGAGAUCAAUAAUCCCACUUACAAGGCUGUCCUGACCAAGACAGGCAGCAACAAACUUAACAGAGUUACAGACAUAAAACAAAACAGAUAUGAUUGGUUUCCUGAGUCACACGACACAAAGUCAUUGAUUGAAACAUCUGCAACCAGAGACGGCAUCUUCCACUGCCUUCAAUGUAAACUUGAAAGAUUGUAAACUUGAAAGAUAAAAAAGAUUGAAAGACACUAGUUUCCCAAGACACAGUCUACUGUAGCUGAGUCAAGGCUGCAGGAGCACCUUAAUGCAAAAGAAAAAACAGCGUCAGGGUGCUCCUGCACCUGAAACAGUUUAAAUACACAGUGUUCAUUCUUUUGAAUUCUGGAUUUAUUCACAUCAUUUUACUCUCACAACUUUACCCGGUUAUAAAGGUUUAUGAAGAACUCAUUCUAUCUGUUAUCAAAAUAUAUUCAUUAAUUAAUAUUUCUAUAAUUCCUAAUUCUGAAAAUGUCAUAUAAUACUCAUAAUGUGCUACAGCAUGACUUUGGGCCCUUUCAGUAAUGUUAUAGCACUGUAUAAGGUCAUUAACAGUUAUAUGUCCUUAUUACAUAUUUACAAGAACUUUACUAUUAGCUGUUAUAAAUAUUAAUUAUCACUUAUAAGGGUUAUCAUGAAGCCUUAUAGAUGCAUUUAUAGCACAUUAGCUAAUGAUGCAUCCUAAGAAGGUUUCAAGAAGAUUUUAAAUCCAGAUACUCAAAAAAUAAAUGCUGUAUAAAAUGGGAAACAAGAGAAUUGAGUUCUUCAAACAAGGAAAAAGGGGUACAUCAAGAAUGCAACUUAUCCCCCACUCUCUUCUAUAUCUAUUUUAAUAAACCGGCCACAACUUUAGAGCAGUCAUCAAGAAAUUGGUGUAGAGAUUUAAUUUCUCAUGUAUGCAGAUGAUUUGGUUCUGCUGUCUGUCUGAACAAAGGCUUACAGCAGAACCUUUCAAUGCUAGAAAUGUUUUAUUAUUUAUGAAGGGCAGAUCACAGGAAUCAAAACAGUUAUACUAUAGGAGGAUCCACACUUGAACAUACAGAGGACUAUAGUUAUUUGGGCAUAAUAAUGGGUGCAUCUGGGAGGUUUCACAAAGCAAUAACUUUGCUCCCAGAUGAGAGCCUACUAGACACUGAGAACAUCUCUGAAUAAGCUCAAUCCCCCAAUUAAGAUUUGGCUAAAAUUAUUCAGCAACAUUAUUCAGUUCUGAUGUAAUCCCCAAGGUUCUCAGAAACUGUCCAAAUUUGGCAUGCAGAGCAGAAUUAGGAGAAUUCCCACUGUCACUAUACAUGAUCAAAAGAGCGAUCAAAUUCCAGGGUUCACUUGGCAUGAGCUGAUCCUGAAUCUUACCACCACGUGGCUUUUCAAAGCAACAGUCUCUAUCCAGAGACUGGUCCCCUGAAAAGAAUCAGAGAAAGCUACGUCUAUGUCUCUACAAGUCAUCUACUAUUUACAGAAGAGUUGUAAAGUCUGAUGGCUGUUGGUACAAAAGAUCUUCUGAAUCUUUCUGUCCUGCAGCGAAGAGAGAGGAGCCGUCCACAACAAAACAAGACCCCUAUUAAUUCUCCAAAUCACAAGGAAAACAAACGCAGGCCCGUUGAGUUUUGGAAAAAAGAAAUAAAAUCCACUGCUUAAUGAGAAUGUUAUUCCCUCCUGACAUGUGAUUAUUCUUUGGGAGAGACUAAAAACUAGAAAUGGAGACAGGUCUUCAUAAAACUGGAUUCCAAGAAAAGAAGGAAUUGGAAAAAAAAUGUAGACUGGAGCAAAUAGAUAGAGAAGCUCUCUUUUUGCUCAUCUGCCUGAAAGAACUUGACUUCCACCUUAUCAGACAAUCAAGUCAGAUAGUUUGAUAUUGUGUAAAUAUUUUUGAUAUUUCUUUUCUUUAAUUGACUUUGUUUAAUUAAAAUUUUAAUUUCCCUUCAAGGAUCAUUAAAGUUCUUCAAAUCUUAAUUGACUUUUUUAAACAAUAAAAACAAAGUAAACAAAUGUACAUAUUUAAUGAGAUUUGUAUAUACAUACCUUUAACUGAAUGUGUACAAUUUUAUAUACACAUACGUAAACAUAUUCAUGUGUUAGUGCAUUUGUUCAUGUAGAUAUAAUGCAAUUUUAUUUAUUAAUUAGUUUUUGUGAGUGAGUUAUAUUUUUAAUUACUGAUUGCGAUUAAUUGCCUUGGCAACAGCGGUUGUUACAGUUCAUGCCAAUAAAGCAUCCCGAACCUGAAGAGGUAGAUUCAUAUAAAGUGUUAGCACUUCAAUUCACAAGUAUACAGAGAGAAAACAGCAGAGAUAGGAGGUCCCACUCUGUCCACAGAUGUAGAGUUUCUCACAAGAGCUUUGAUAAACAUAGUAAGUGUGUUUCUUGCCAGGACAAACACGUAAAUAUCAGCAACAUUUUCUGGACUAUAAGCUGAACUUGAAGCUUUGAAGGUAGCCACUCAGCUGGAAAAUGAGAUUUUUUUCCCCAUCUGUGUCAAAAAGAAAGUUUUAACAGCUAAGCUAUCUGUAUUUGUUUGUAUGAAAGUGAGAGUACUGUUCUCAUCCAAUUUCUCCCCAAGAACGAAUAAGCAGCCUCUAAAAUAUGGAACCAUUUCUUUACCGAAUUAAAACGUCGCUGAGGAGCUUAUAUUAGCUAUAAUUUUCUGGAGGGGACUUUGUCUCACGGUUUAGUUGAUUUGAACAGGAUGCCAGUCACUAAUUCUAUUGUGGGAUCAUCUGUCAUGUCCUACUUCAGUACAGUUGCCAUCAACACCAGCUGACAGAUUAGCAGGGUCUCUGAGGGGUGUGCAAACCUAAUUUUAUUUCAUGUACUUAGCAUAGCUGUAAUUCCAUAAUCUACAUCUGCAGCAAUGAGGAACCCUGAGUUAGUUGGCUCUGUUAUUUAAAUUCAUUUGAUGUCUAUUUUUUUUCAGUUUACAUUUGCGGCAAUGUUUUUUGGUCUUUCUGACAAUACUAGAAAUAAAGACAUAGAUCAGUUUUGAAAAUCUGCCUUGUUUCGCGCUUUGUUCUCAGAGACAGGUGGCAUUUGUAUCACUCCAAGGCCAUCGGAGCCAGACGCAGAGAUUGUCCCAGGCAUGGCCAUGAGACCUUUCUUUGGCAUUAAGCCCGUACUCAUGGACUCCGAGGUACAGUGCUCAUUCCUCUGUGUGUGUGUGUGUUUGCUCACAAAUGUUAGAUGGCUGGGAAAGGCCCAAAGAGAGGGUCAGAUUAGGAUUAUGAAUUACCCACCAGCUGUGUCACUUUUGAUACCCGCCCUGCUCCCAUCCAUCAGUUCCACUCUGUGUGUGCCAGACUCCCGAUAAAAAUCUGUCAGAGGACUGUGCGCUACUGCUGUUGCUUUUGAAAAGCACAGAUUGUGCAGACAGUUGGAGUGGGGGUCUUUGUGCUGAUCUCUUUCCCACUCUCUCAACAAAGACAGACAAAAAGACCACACAUAUGAUGAUGUGAUCUAAAGGAAACAAAGGCUUUAAUGUGGGGCUGUAAGUCUGAGUUUUGAGAAGAAGUUUAUGGAUUUUGUGUCAGUCUUUUUUACUUGUUUGAUCAUAUCUCAAUAUCGCUGCUGGAAGUAUUAUAUCCAACAAAAGUACAUGGCAGAAAUAAACAAAAUUAUUUGUUUAUUAACAUUUUUGCCUGCUGUUCUUAAUUAUCUUCAGGGUAAAGUGCUGACAUCCAACAACACAUCUGGUGCUCUGUGUAUCGCUCAGCCUUGGCCUGGUAUGGCUCGCACCAUCCAUAACAACCAUCAGAGAUUCAUCGAGACCUACUGCCAGCCUCAUCCUGGUACAGCACAAUCAAACUGUGGCGAUGUCUUCAUGGUGUCUCUCAAAUCCUUUCUUUACUGGUGAUUUAAGAAAAUUCAAUCUGACUUUCUUUCACACUCUCUCUGAUUUACUUCUGUGGACACAGGUUAUUUCUUCACGGGUGAUGGCGCCUAUCGCUCUAAAGAGGGAUAUUACCAGAUCACCGGCCGCCUGGAUGAUGUCAUCAACGUGAGCGGUCACAGGAUCGGGACAGCAGAGAUCGAGGAUGUGGUGGUAUGAUUAUUCAGUUAUGUAGAAAUGGUUGCAGCUGCUUUAGAAAGUUAGCACAAGUUAUGCAAAUAGUAACCCAAGGAACUGGUUCUCCCAAUAGAUCAGUAGUGUAUCUAUCUAUGUAGCUCUUUAAACUGAUGACUAUUGAAGAACAAAGAAUAUAUUUGCUAAGAAAAGUUUUAACAGGACCUUUUAAUUAUACUUGAUGUAAGUGGACCUUGUUUCUUUAAUAUUGUCUGUGUCUUUUCUGCUGAAUCUACUCUCACAAACUGUAUUCACACAAUAUUUUUACACCAAAUUCUCUGAACUUUACUGCUUAAAGGGAUAUUCCAGCAUAAAAUUAAGUUAUGGUCAAACACGCCGUAACACUGAGUUAGACAGCCCCUCGAGAGAUGAAGGUUGCUGACUGCUUGCUUCUCUAGUUAUACCAACUUUAGUAACGACCACACAAUAGCAAUACACAGCUGUCUACGUCUCCACAUGCAAACCUCAACCAAAAAGCCACUCUGUAGCCACAAACAAUGCGCAGAACAGCACCUAACUUCAUCAACAGUACAUAUAGGGUCCCAGCCAUAGUACUAGACACCAAACAUCUUUUUAACUUUGACUGAUUUCUUUAGCAAAGAGACCAAACACAACUCACCUACUCUUCUCCAGCAGCCGCUUGUUUGUGGGGGAGCCCUGGCUAGUCAGUCACCAAGUACAACAGAAUUUCGCAGCUCAAGGAAGAACAUUUAUGUUUAUUACUAUAUGGAAAUGCAAUCAGACAAAGACACUAAGGCGGAAGAACUACCACCUCUGCAGUGCAAAAUGAUUAUUAUUAUGAUGAUUAUUACUUAAAGGGAAUGAAGUAACUAGAGAAGCAAGCUGAAGGCAACAUUCAUCUCUCGAGGGGGUGUCUAACUCGGUGUUACGGUGUGUUUGACCUUAACUUAGUUUUACACUAGAAUAGCUUGUAUACAGAGGGGUUAAGGUCUGCAUUGCAGUGGUUGUAGGUUUGACUCCCAACCACAUGACCAUUUACUGCACAUUUGCAUUUACUCCCCUCUCUCCACAUUUCAUAUCUUUAGCUAUCUUAAAAGUGAAAAAAAAGAAAAAAGAAAAUAUCCAAAAUAAAGAAUGGUUUUCUGUAUACUCUCAAAAGUGACUCAUUUUUCUUUAAAAACAUAAACUGGUGUGUAAAUUACAGUGAUGUUCUUUGUAAUACUGUAAAGUUUGGAUAUAUAAGAUUUCUUUCUACAUUUGAAACCACUGAUAAUAUGGCAGCUUGCUUGUGUUUAGGGAGAAAAUAAGGUACAAUGUUAACAUGCUUGAAAAUUUUGAUGUCUUUCAACUUGACUAAAAUAUUUUUUAGGCUUUCUACUCCAUAACCAGACAAAUGAUUUAUUCCUGUUCGUUCCAAAGUUUAAGCAGUUAAAUAGUUUACCUGGUGAAACAGAUGAUCUUGUUUGUUAUUUUCUUACAGAAUCUGUGCUCUGCUGUGGCUGAAUCGGCUGUUAUAGGAUAUGCACAUGACAUCAAAGGAGAAGGUGAGACUGAGGAGUUUUUUCUGUGAGCUUUUAGUCUGAAAGGUGUUUCUCACAUUCUGUAGUUGACUGCAUUUAAUGUAAAUCACAGCAGGUAAGAAUGUGUUGUCCUUGUGUUACCAGGUGUUUACGCCUUUGUGGUAUUAAAAAAGGAAGUGAAUACUCAAAGCGCUGACCUGUCCAAGCAGCUGAAUGACACGGUGUCUAUGAAGAUCGCCAAGUAUGCUUGUCCAGACUACAUCCAGGUAAGACUGUCUCACUAACAUUAACUUAAAAAUCAAAUUCACAGACUUGUACUCAGCAAUCUGACUGUUUUUGUUGUUGGUGAUGUUGACAGUUUGUGAAGCGUCUGCCAAAGACGCGCUCAGGUAAGAUAAUGCGCAGAGUGCUGCGGAAAGUGGUAGAACGGGACUUGAACGGGCUGGGUGACCUCAGCACGCUGGAUGAUCCUGCAGCAGUUCAAGAGAUCAUCCAGGGUCACCUUGAGCUCUGUGGUGACGAGCAACCAUGAAGAUGUGUUUCCUGAAAAUGCUCUUGUCUUAUCUAAGACACCUGUGGUACUUACACAUUUCACUGAAUUAAUGUUAAUAGACUCCAGCCGUUUAAUGAAAAGAUAAAAAAACACUUCAUUGACAAAUUGUUUUUUUAAAUCAUAUUUUACAUAUAUUUUAUAUGAAAUUAACUUUUUAAUAGUGUGCAUAAUUCACAGAUUUACUUUGCACAAUGAAGUUUUGUUGUUUGACUGUAUUUCUAAAUUAGAACUCGUAUGUCCACUGUAGUGAGUAUCAACAUUAGUAGCAAAAUCAUGUUAUUUUUGCAGUUACAGACGGAUAACUCUGAGGGUGCUUUGCUUUGUAUGAGUCAUUGUAAAAAAAAGUAAACAUACUGUGAUAAUAAUGAAGUAAACUAAACCACUGAUUUGGAA